AUGGCCGCGUUCAAGUUCGCAGCCUUGCUGCUGGUCACAUGCCCGGCCACCGCGCAUGCCGCCUCCUUGCGGUCGAACACGAGGGCGGCCGCAAAUCCGGUGCGCAGGGUUGUCUCGAUGUUGCAAUCGAUGCAGAAGAAGGUUGAGGCGGAAGGCGACAAGGAGGAAGAGAUGUACAAGAGAUUCUCAUGCUACUGCAAGACGGGGGCCACCGAUCUCUCGGCAAGCAUCUCCGCUGCGGGUACGAAAAGCACACAGCUUGGCUCCGACGUGAAGGCAGCGGAGGAGCAGCUCGCCCAGGUGAAGCAGGGGUUGGGGGAUGCGCAGACAGAGCGUGCUGAAGCCAAGACGGCCGUCGCCAAGGCGACCUCGAUCCGGAGGAAAGAGGCCGCCGGGUUCGCGGCAACAAAGGCAGAGCUCGAGAGCUACAUCUCCGCCAUCAAGCAGGCAGUCGCCGCGCUCACCAAGGGAAUGGCGGGUGGAUUCCUACAAACUACCUCGGCGAGCUUGUUGCGCAAGAUCGUCCUGACCAAGGGCGACGCCAUCCAGGACGAAGACCGCGAGGCGCUCCUUUCAUUCCUGUCUGGGAAGGACAGCUCUUCGUACGUGCCCCAGAGCGGGGAGGUGACAGGGAUUCUGAAGGAAAUGGGCGACAGUUUCUCGAAGAGCCUUUCAGACGCCUCUGACACGGAGGCCAACGCAAUCAAGGAGUUCGAGGCUUUGGUCGCCGCAAAGGCCAAAGAGAUCGACGCACUUACACUGUCCAUCGAGGCCAAGACCUCGAAGAGCGGGUCGCUGGGCGUGACCAUCGUCCAGAUGAGGAAUGAUAUGAGCGACUCGGAAAUUGCGUUGCUCGAGGAUCAGAAGCUCCUCCAAGAGUUGGAGUCGGGCUGCUCUACGAAGGACAAGGAAUACGAGGAACGCGUGAAGACGCGUCACGACGAGCUCGCCGCCCUCACCGAGACCAUCAAGAUUCUGAAUGAUGACGAUGCGCUUGACCUGUUUAAUCCAGAGGGUCACCCAUGUGUCGCGGCCACGACCACCAGCCAACGCGCGCGCGCCGCGGCCUUGGUCCAGCAUGCGCUGGUGAAGAGCGAGGCGGACCACGCCCGCCUCGGCUUCCUGGUGCUGGCGCUCCGGGGCAAGAAGGUCGGGUUCGAGACUGUGAUCAAAAUGAUCGACGACAUGGUCGUACUGCUGAAGAGAGAGCAGGCCGAUGACGCGGAGAAGAAAGAGUACUGUGGCUCGCAGUUUGAUUCCACAGACGACAAGAAGAAGUCGCUGACCCGCCAGGUGUCGAACCUCGCGACCACCAUCGCGAGCACGGAGGAGAGCAUCAGCAGCGCUGCGGAGGACAUCUCAGCGCUAGAGGCCGGCAUCGCGGCCCUCGACAAGAGCGUCGCGGAGGCGACGGCGCUGCGCAAGGGCGAGCAUGAGGAAUACAAGGCGUUGAUGGCUGCAGACGGUGCCGCGAAGGAACUGCUCCUGUUCGCCAAGAACAGACUCAACCAGUUUUACAAUCCCCGCGCGCUGCCGCGCCUGCGACAAUUGGCGGCGGAUCCUAAGCUGUACAACCCGCCGGCCAAGGUCGAGCUCUCCGCCCAGGGCGCCAUUGAGCGCGACAUGGGCAGCGCGGCGGCGCUGUUGCAGGUCUCCGAGCGCGCGGGGCGCACGAGCGCUGCCGCGCCGCCGCCGGAGACCUGGAGCGCGUACGCAAAAAAGUCCGAGGAGAGCGCCGGAGUCAUUGCUAUGAUGGACCUGCUGAUCAGCGAUCUCGACAAGGAGAUGACCGAGGCCGAGACGGAGGAGAAGGACUCGCAGGCGGACUAUGACAAGACGAUCGCGGGCGCGAAGGACAAGCGGAUGACCGACUCCAAGGCGCUAACGUCCAAGGCCGCCGAGAAGGCAGAUUUGGAGAGCGACCUGCAGGCGGCCAAGGGCGACAGCGCCAGCACGGCCAAGGCGCUCAUGGCAACGGACAAGUACCUCUCCCAACUCCAUGCCGAAUGUGAUUGGCUCAUCCAGUAG